UGUGUGUUUGUAUCCAUGUGGAUCACUGCUGGGUCUCUCCUGUCGAGACAAGGUCUUUGGCUCUGAGGGAAUACGCUCUGGAAGUCUUGCUCUUGCUUUCCAAACACUGUCAGGUCUUUCUUGCUGCAGGAUCAAGUCCAAAAUGGGGGCAUACAUUGCCAAGAUGCUCUUGCCCAUGAUCAGCAGUCUGGUGUUUUUGCCUCUGACCAGCAUAGCCACCAAGAGGGGAUUUCACAUGGAGGCUAUGGUCUACUUCUUUACCAUGUUCUUCACAACGAUCUACCAUGCCUGUGAUGGACCGGGCCUGUCCAUCCUAUGCUUCAUGAAAUACGAAAUCCUAGAGUACUUCACCGUUUACGGCACAGCCAUCUCCAUGUGGGUCACUCUGCUAGCACUGGGUGACUUUGAUGAGCCUAAGCGCUCCACGCUGAACAUGUUUGGAGUCCUGACGACGGCGGUGAGGAUAUACCAGGACCGCCUUGGCUACGGCAUAUACUCAGGCCCCAUAGGAACAGCUGUGCUCAUGAUCACAGUCAAAUGGUUGCAGAAGAUGAAGGAAAAGAAGGGCCUGUACCCAGAGAAGAGUGUUUACACGCAGCAAGUGGGCCCAGGAUGCUGUUUUGGGGCUCUUGCUCUGAUGCUGCGCUUCUACUUUGAGGAAUGGGACUACGCCUACGUCCAUAGUUUCUACCACCUGUCGCUUGCCGUGUCGUUUGUGCUUCUGCUGCCGAAGAAGAAUCGCUACGCGGGAACGGGACGCAACGUCGCCAAACUCAACUGCUACACCCUCUGCUGCUGUGUACCCCAUCCCGGCAGGGCCAAAAACAAUAAAAAGGAUAAAGUCCAAAAGACCAUUUGGAAGGUGCCCACACAAAAGUCUUGGAUAAAGACAGGAAGUUCUGGGCUCCCGCUGCAUGCAGCUCCGCCAACCAUCUUAUAACAUGGACGCUUGGGAGAGCGAGAGCCACCCUCCGGAUCAGAAGAUUUUACCUCAGGACUGCUAGGGCUCUGUGUGUUCAAGGUUAAAUGCUGAAACAGCAAGGCACUGAGAAAGUGGAUGAAAUUAGCCCUGAUAUACUAUUUUGCAGGAGGUCCCCAAAGUCUAGUUGACCUGAUCACGAAAGGGCCACAUCCAGGACAGCAUCUACUGCUAUCACAGUAAUUAUGCUCUCUGUGGGUUUACUGAGGGAAGGAUUCACAACUUGGGACUGUUUUUGUUUAAUAGGAGAGGGACACGUUAACUAGGUUUAAAUAUUAAGCUUUACAUUUACCAUCUACUUUGCACCACAGCAGAAUUACAGAGACCAAUGUUUUAAGUGUUUAGAGCACAAAAACGAAACUCACGUGGAAAAUGUGCUGCUCUUAAAGCCAUCAGUAUCUUCAUCUCUCCCAGAGGAAUACAUUGUUUUUAAAAAGUGUCUCUGUGGAAAGAUUUUCUGUCUCUGUUUCCAGACAUGGUGCUGUUAAAUAUUUUCAGGCUGCACCUUUAUACAUUUGGGGAUUGUGAAGGCAUAUUUCUUUUAUGUAUAGUCAUUGAGAUCAACAUGGCGAGAGCCUCAGCAAUUUUUGUAUUUAGGCCAAAAGAUGUAAUCGGCUGUAAUUAUUAUAUGCCACACACAAAUCACCGGUUUGAUGCAUUUAAUGCAGUGAUAUUCAUUUGUAUUACCAAGCCAGUUAUGUAAAUAUAUUUAUGGCAUUGUAUCUAGUUUUCUACAUAAACUGUAAUAGUUAUGUGUUUAUUUAAAAGAAUGAAAUAAAAUAAAUGUA